AUGGAGAAGUACUUUAGACCUGAUAAACUAGAGGCUGAUCCAAACUCCCAAACUGCCGCCAAAGAAUUUAAACACUGGUACGAAACAUUUAAGAAUUUUUUGGAAAGCAAUAAAUCUACAGAAAAAUCGCUAGAAGAUAAAGACAAGUACAUGCUUUUAAUCAAUUUUGUCUCACAUUCAGUAUAUGAUUACAUAAGCGAAGCAAAAACAUACAUUUCUGCUAUCAAAAUUUUGGAAGAAUUGUAUAUUAAACCUACAAAUGAGAUUUACGCAAGACAUAUUCUAGCUACAAGAAAACAACAAAUAAACGAAUCUAUAGAUCAGUAUGCUCAACAGUUAAAGCUUUUGGCUAAAAAUUGUAAUUUUAAAGCAGUUUCUUCAGAAGAAAAUAAAAAUGACUAUAUUCGUGAUGCUUUUAUUAAUGGUCUCGUUCAAUCUAAUAUACGUCAAAGAUUACUAGAGUUUAGUUCUUUAUCUUUGGACGAAGCAUUAUCUAAAUCUAAAUCUUUAGAAGAUUCUCAAAAACAAUCUGAUACAUAUCAUGCAGCAUUAAAUAAUAUAGCAUCUUGUAGUCAUCCAAAUUCAGAACAAACUACUUUAGCUUCUGUUCAAACAAAACCUGGUCAGACUUGUUAUUUUUGUGGACAUCCAAGACAUCCUCGAUUUGUAUGUCCAGCAAGGGCUGCGAUUUGCCAAAACUGUCAUAAAAUUGGACAUUGGUUUAAAAUGUGCAUGCAAUCAAAGAAAAGUCAAACGAGAUCAAAGAAGAUGAUACACAUUUAA